GCCGUCAGCGAGCUUCUCCGAGGUUGGAAUCGCGAGACAGUGACCCUGGACUAGUCGGGGCUAAUAAGAUGAGGGAAGAUGCUCCUGAAGCACUUGGCAUCGGUCUUGCCGUCGCACGAUUCGGAGAAUCGAGUGGUGGCUAUCGCUUGGUCACCGAAUAACUUGAAACUAGCCGUCGCCUCGACAGACCGCUCCAUUUACUUGUUCGACGACAAGGGAGUGAGGAAAGAUCGAUUUUCCACGAAACCCGUCGAUUCCAAGAACGGCAAAAAGAGUUACCUGGUGAGGGGCAUUGCUUUCUCGCCGGAAUCGACGAAGAUCGCCGUCGGACAGACCGACAACAUCGUCUACGUUUACAAGAUCGGCGAAGAAUGGGGCGCGAAGAAGGUGAUCUGCAACAAAUUUCCGCAAAGCUCCGCGGUGACCUGCAUAGCAUGGCCGAGCGAGGGGCCGAUCGUAAUCGGUUUGGCCGAUGGCAAGAUACGCGCUGCCGUCGCCAAGGCCAACAAGGCCCAGACUCUCUACGCCGCCGAUUCCAUGGCGAUCGCUUUGGCCGUCAACACAAGAGGAACGGGCUUCCUCUCGAGUCACGCUGACGGCAGCGUCAUCCGCUACUACGUGGCGGAGGACGGCGCGGCGGAACCGGUGGGUCGUGUUCUGACGCAUCCCGUCCCGGUCUACGCACUGGCUUGGCCGCAGUCGCACAUCGUCGCCGGUGGUUGCGACAAGAAGCUCGUCUUUUACGACUCGCGUGGUAAACCCACCAAGAGCAUCGACUACGCUCGCGAUUCCGGGAACACUGAGAAGGAUCUCAGUGUCGCCUGCUGCAGUCCCAGUGGACAGAGCGUCGCCGUCGGCUCCUGGGACAAGGUGAGGAUCUUUGAUUGGAGUCCCCGGAGGAACGUUUGGGAGGAAAACAAUUCCAAGAGCCUGACUAACUUUUACACAGUCACUGCACUAGCAUGGAGGAAAGACGGUUCGAAGCUAGUGGUCGGCAGUCUGUGCGGCGCAGUGGAGAUGUUCGAGACGAUUCUGCGUCGAACGCUGUUACGAGGCAGCCACGAGGUCUCGUACGUCGGGCCCAGCCAGGUGGUGAUCCGCUCGCUGGAAGGCAAGUCGCGACCCGUCGUCGUCAAGUCCAACAGCGGAGCCGAGAUCGAGGACGUCAAGGUCAUGGGUCGUAGCGACAACCGCGUCGUCGCCAGGACGCCCAUCUCUCUGCUCAUCUGCGACAUCGAUCAGAACCUGCUCAGCGAGAUACCCUGGGAGGAUAAGAACGGCAGCGAGAAGUUCUUCUUCGACUACCCGGGCGUCUGUCUGAUCUUCUGCGCGGGCGAAUUGACCAUCGUGGAGUACGGGCGCAACGAAAUCCUAGGCGCGGUGCGCACCGAGGCGAUUAACCCUCACGUGGUGAGCGUCCGCAUAAACGAGCGACGACUGCCCGGUCAGCCAGACAACAAACGACUGGCUUACCUACUCGAUCCGCGAACUGUCCGCGUUGUCGAUCUGGCCAACGGCAACGUCGAAGUGGCUCUCGUCGUACACGACGCGCGCAUCGACUGGCUGGAGCUCAGCGAGACCGGAAGGAGGCUGUUGUCCAGGGACAAGCGUGGCAAGCUCUGGCUCAGCGACGAUCAAGGAGGUCAUACACUGCUGCUGAACGGUACGAGCUACGUCAGCUGGGUGGUGGGUUCAGACGUGGUGGUGGCGCAGUCCGGGUCCAACCUCGCAGUGUGGUACAACGUGGACGCCCCGGACGCCGCGACAUUCAUUCCUAUAAAGGGCGAGACCAUGGACAUAGUGCGAGAGGGUGGUCGGACCUCCGUUCUCGUGGACGAUAAUGGAGUGGAAGUCGCCUACCUGCUCGAUGAGGGUCUCAUCGAGUUCGGCACUGCUCUGCACGACAACGACUUUGGCAGAGUCGUGCUGUUCCUCGAGGAACUCGGAGACAGACCUCAGACCGAAGCCAUGUGGGAGAACGUUGCAAACAAUGCUAUGAAUGAAAGAGCGUUAACAGUGGCAGCUCGCUGCUACGCCGCGCUAGGGGACGCUGCAUGCGUGCGUCUGCUGAAAGAGAUCGUGGAGAUCGGCGAACGCUACGCCGAGGAUAAUCUAGGCUCCGAUCCUCUCGACUGCCCCGACUGCUGGGCCAAGAUGGCCAUACUCAAGGGUGAGCUCAGGACAGCCGAGGCCAUCUACCUCGUGCAGAACGAUCUGACCAAGGCCCUGGAGAUGUACCAGCGCUACUGGCAUUGGGAGGACGCACUCAACCUUGCGCAGGAACGGAAGUGGAGCGGCCUGGCGCAGCUUACGGACAAGCACAUGGCCUGGCUCAUGGAUACCGGCCAGAAGGCCAAGGCGGCGAGUUUGAUCGAGUCGAAUAAUCCACGAAAGGCCAUCAAGCUUUACUUGGAGGCAAAGCGUCCUGGUCGGGCCGCACGGCUAGUGCUCAGUCAAGACGAGCUCAUCGCCGACGAGAAGCUCGUGGGCGACAUCGUGCGCGCCCUCAGGGCUCAGGAACUCAUGGAGCUCGCCGGUGAGAUCUACGAGCGGACGGGUGACUUCCACGCCGCCAUCGAGGCUUAUGGACAGUCCGGCGUCUUCGUUCGGGCUCUAGAACUUGCGAGGAAAACGGAACCGAACUCAGUGGUGAAGCUCGAGAAGGACUGGGGUCAUCACCUGAUGUCCGGCGCACAGUACGACGCGGCCAUCAACCACUUCAUCGAGGCCGGGGAAACGUCUUUGGCGCUCAACGCUGCAGUGCUAGCUCACCAGUGGAAAAAGGCUCUACAAAUAAUUCAGGUAAUCGAUGUGGACGACGACCCGGAGAUCCGCGGCCACUGCGAGCGCAUGGCCGAGCAUUUCGCCUCGACCAACGACCUGGGUCUAGCCGAACGCCUGUACCUGCGAGCAGGCCUGGCGCGUCGUGCGGUCGAGGCCUACGCCGCAGCUAACAACUGGCAGCGCGUCCAAGAACUGGCCCAAACAGAGCUUGACCCUGCCGAGGCGAACGAGCUCCUUGCAGGUUAUGCGAACGAUCUCCGAGACAAGAAUGACUAUCGCCACGCGGAGGCUUUGCUCGCGGCCACCGAACAAUACGACGAGGCUAUAGCUAUGUACAAGCAGGCUGGAAUGAGGCAGGAUAUGGUCCGGCUAGUAGCUAAGUUCAGGCCAGAGCUACUGAAGGAGACACACGCCCACCUGGCGAAGGAACUGGUAAAAGCAGGCAAGCCGAAAGAGGCCGAGGAGCACUUCCUUGGUGCCAACAACUGGCGCGGAGCCGUUGACGCUUAUCGCUCGGCUAAUAUGUGGGAAGAUGCGCUGAGGGUCGCGAAACAAUCCUCCGGCGAUAAAGCUGCCCAGCAGGUCGCGCUGAUGUGGUCGCGGACACUGGCGCCAGAGCUCGGCGCUCGAGUCCUCGCGAGAUUGGACUACUUGGACGCCUGCCUGCAGCUGGCUUGCGAAGCAAACUAUUUCGACUGGGCUCUGGAGAUCGUGAAAUAUGGUAGCGUAGAGCAACAGCGCGAUGUGCACUAUCGAUACGCCAUGGCCCUCGAGGACGAGGGACGUUUCUCCGACGCCGAACGCGAAUUUCUCAAAGCCGACAAAGCAAUGGAGGCGGUGCAGAUGUACAUCCACACGCGCGAAUGGGAUGCGGCCGAGUACGUGGCUCAGAACCACUGCCAGGAAGGCCUGUCCCAGGUUUUAGUCGCCAGAGCCUCGGAGGCAGCGGAAGCGCAGGACUACGCGACCGCAGAGUCCUUGCUGCUGCGCGCUCACAAGCCUGAAAUCAUCAUCGACCAUUACAAGAACGCGGGCAUGUGGUCCGAAGCGAUGCGCGUCUGUCGCGAGUACCUCCCGAGCCAAGAGGCAGCCCUACGUCGCGAACUGGGUCAACGCACCAGCUCGGUGGACAACGGUGGCAGCAGUCAGGCGGUCCUCGAAGAGGCUCGUCACUGGCUCGAAGUUGGAGAGGUCCGGGCCGCCCUCGAGGUCCUCCUUCGUGACCCACGAGCACCUCAAACAGUGCUGCUCCAAGCGGCAGAGAUACUACUGCAGCGCGCCGAGCCUGAACUGGCAGCUGAACUCGGCGGCGACCUCGGAUCUAGACUCUUCUCCUGCGGCGAACACGCGCUGGCCGCUCAGGUCUUCCUCCAAGCCGACAGAAUCAAGGACGCCGUCAGCGCACUCGCUGCUGUAGGAGACUGGGCCAAGGCCAGGAGAGUCGUUCGAGAGCUCGCUCCGGACUUGGAGAUCUACCUGGAGGAUUUGUACAGGGAAGCGAUGAUCAAGGAGGGACAGGUGGAGAACCUGGUGAGGGUCGAUGCGAACGCUGCGCUGGAUAUGCUCAUGCGGAAGGGACAGUGGAACCAGGUCUUCGAGACUGCAAAGACUCAAGGUGCGACAGUGCUGCAUAAGUACGUAGCCAUACGCGCUGCCCAGCUCCUCAAGUCUGACAGCGUGAUCGACGCGGUUCAACUCUACUCGCAACACGGCGCGCCUCCGAUCAGUCAGAACUUCAAUCUGUACUACCACCUGGGCGAGUCUGUCUUAAAUUCGAACGAGACCUGCAACGAAUACGUUUAUCUGGCCAAGCUGCGGAACGUCAUGCUCAACCUUGUCAGAAGCUUGGACACAUCGGUAUCGACCGUGGCGAGUAAAUUCGACAGGGUGCUUCGCUGUGCCCACUACUCGGCAGUGCGGUGCGCGAGCCGUCAGCUGGGCGGUUCGGAUUUGAGUGGCAUCGUGCUCAAGACCUCGGUAGGCCUGCUCCGUUACACGGACAUUCUGCUGGCUGACCGGGCCUACUACGAAGCCGGUAGCGAGGCCCGCAAGGCCGGACUCAGCAGCGAGGCAUUCGUCUUCCUCAAUCAUUUCCUCGACCUCGAGGAGUGCAUAGAAGAGGGCGACGGUAGCGUUCUCGACGUGGACGAUUUACGCGUGACGGACUUUCCACUAGAAGUACCUCUUCCACCCUCCCUAAGCCUGAGCCGAGAGGACCGCGAGGAGGUUCGUGAAUGGGUGCUCACCGUUUCGAUGGACCAGCGAGUGGAACAGGGUCUGCCGGUAGACCAACGAGGCGUGUACGUCGGCUCGCUAACCAGUCACGCGACCGAUUUGGUCAAGCCUCUCGUCGAGUGCGCUUUGACGGGGUAUCCGGUUCGCGGGGCCUCGGUUCAAUUCGAAGCUGGUCGCAAGCUUGCGGCCCGAGAGGAUUGGAACAAGUUCGUUGCCGCCGCUAGACAGACACCCGGAGACUCAGCGCUCAACGACGUGCUCAGUUUCGUGCAGGACUGGUGCGGUACGGCGCCUAAUUAUACGUUUUAAAACAACACUUACCGGCUUUUUUUAAAGAGUUUGUAUCCGAUACGGUGUCAAUAGUGUGAUGUGGAGUAUCGAUGGCACACUGUGGGUAAUGCUACUUUGAUUUUUUAUUGUAUUGUAAUGCAUAAUUAUGUACCAGUGGGCCAGAUCAAAUAUAAUCUUUUUCAUUGAA